GGAAGGGGCUCUGCGGCUGCUGGGAUCUCGGGGAAGGAAAGCAGCCGGCGUGUGCGGGGCCUCGUCCUUCUCCGGUGCAGAGGAUGAUCGCGCCCCAGUGAGAGCGGAGGCCGGUGCCGGGGCUGUGUGUAAUCUUCACUGCUGCUGGCAAAGGAACUUCAUUCUUCAUUUAGUACUAACUUUUGCAUAACAGAGGGGCAAAUGAUUGUGUUACAACAUGCUAGGCCGCCAUCGCAACCAGAGUCAUCUGCUUUUCCAUCCGCCAUAGGAAUGGGCAAGAAGCAAAUAGUACUGCCUGUGCAGGCUCAUUCAGACAGUAGACUGGUCCAUGCCAUUACACCUCCGACUUUGGAAGUCACACAGGAUGAAGUUGGGGAGCAAGAUCCGUCCUUGGAAGACCUAUGUAAACCACUUUCUUGUAAGCUGUGUAAUGUCACUUUAAAUUCUGCACAGCAAGCUCAGGCACACUAUCAGGGCAAAAACCACAGCAAGAAGUUACGGAAUUACUGUGCAUCAAGUAGUUGUCCGCCGUCAUCAAGACACACUUUACAUACAGUAUCACCUGGAUCAUCUUCACCAAAUGUGACAGUCCCGAAAAGUGGGGGGCGGGUGAUUCUUGCUACCGAGAAUGACUAUUGCAAACUAUGUGAUGCUUCAUUCAGCUCUCCAGUGGUUGCUCAAGCACACUACCAAGGAAAGAACCAUGCCAAGAGAUUGCGUCUGGCUGAGACACCAGCUAAUACUUUCAUGGACUCUGAAUGCAAGAGGAGAAGUCGGAAGGAAGGUAAUGAACAUAAAAUGAUGCCGAACCGAAGAAGUGUCUGCUCUCUUCAGAAUAAUACAGGUCCAUAUUUUAAUCCUCGGUCCCGCCAACGGAUUCCUAGAGACCUAGCUAUGUGUGUAACCCCCAGUGGACAGUUCUAUUGCUCAAUGUGCAAUGCUGGAGCCAGUGAGGAGCUGGAGUUCAGGCAACAUCUGGAGACCAAGCAGCACAAAAGCAAAGUUUCCGAGCAACGCUACCGUAGCGAGAUGGAGAAUUUGGGAUACAUGUAGGAAAACAAUCACUACCUAGUGGUGCUUCUAAGCUGUUCCUUUUAAUUUCUUUGUUACUACUAAUUUUUCCUGUUUAACCACUUCUGAACAUCUUUCAUAUACUAAUUGACUUUGCCAGUGAUGGAGAGUAGACCUAUUGUUACCAUGUUUAAUUUGAGACAAUUCUCUGCCCUGAAGUUUAACAUCACUGUCAUAUGUGUUCUGUGAAGGUACGCCAAGGCUGCCAGUUUUCUUACAGAGCAUUUGCAGUUCUUGGGAAAUUGCUUUUGAGCUGCUCAUAAUAAGACACUUGAAGGUGUUACUUGAUGUUACAACACUUUGUGGACCUUGUUUCAAUGUGGAAACUAUUCCUUCUGUAUUCACAAUUGCAGACUAUAGUCAUGGCCUGAUCAGAAAGGAUGCAGCUACUUUUAGAGAGAUUUAGGCUCCUUACAUCUGUAUUGUGGCUACCAAAACUGUGACCGAUCCAUCCCACCAUGGAUACCAAUGAUGCCGACAAACCCCUUUGACAUAUAAUGGAAUCACAUUCUUCAGGCAGUGCAAUGAUCGUUUACACCAAGGAAAUGUACUCUGGGUGUCUGUUGUAGGGACCCUACUAUGGACAUUGUGACUGAUGACUUUGAAGCGUACUUUUUGCCGCUGCACACAAUCAUUUACACUGUGUGCUUAGUAGCCAAAGAAUCCCAUUUUGGAAAAUACAGAACAGCUCGAUGGGGAAAAGUCUGCAUGUGCUGAGAAGACCGGAAACAGUGCAGACGUGUACAGCAUGUAGUUUUAAGCAUGGUUCCGAAAACAUUUUUGUAUGUUGUAUUUUACUGGUGAACGCUCCAGAACUCAUCACUGUGUUUGCCAACAAGCAUUAAUAGAUGAUUUCUCUUAAUGGUUUGUUGCUGUUGGGCAUUUAAUCAAUUACUGUGCAAUGAACUGUAUUUUAUGUGUCUCUUGAUAAAUUUAUAUCCUUCACUUUGCACUUUUAAUCCUUUGCUGCUCUAGGUACUGUAAUUGACAUAAGAUCUAGUGGGACUUUGGCCAGUAAGGUUAAGAGAGGGUAUUUUUCCAUUUUUUGUGAUUCCACUGCUUAUUUUGGUCAUUACAUUCCUAUUUUAUAUAAUGUCUGAAAUUCAUAUCUUACUUGUACUGUAACCUUCUCUCUGCUGUUGCACUUAUUCAUUCUUGCUAAAACCCAUUAAAAUCCAUGUCAGGUAAUGCCACAUCAGGUAUUAACCCAUAGCAGAGUCUGGUGAAUCUUCCCAUCUGUCUCUUGGCUUAAACUAUAACAUUAGAAGAGACACAAGUUCGCUGAGGGCAGCUCUUUCACCACACAGUGGGGGUCAUUUAUCAAAGACCGUCUUUCCCGAAGAGACUAAUUUAUGACGAGGCGCAGGCUACCUCCGGCAGUCCAUGCUCCUGUAAUGAAAGCUUUUCCAGCCCCUGACUGGAGUCGUUUUUACUCCUCUUUUACGCCUUUUUCCAGGUGUAAAUAAAUGUUAGUAUAUUUGCCGGGGCCAGUGCCCAACCAAGCCCCAGGACACUCUCAUCAAAAACUGGCGUAAGCAUCUUAAUAAAUGACCCCCAGAGACGCGAAUGAAACAAAAUAAUGCUGCUUCAUUUGCUCAAUUACUUUACAAACCGGGCUCAAGUGAUUUAUAACCAUAUCACUUGUAUGCUUAGUACCUUUGGUCUUAGAGAAUGAAGGAUUUUGACAUGUACCUGUUUUUUUGCACUUACCGCACAUUAUUACUGUGCGGUACCGUGUCUUUAUUUAUAGGAUGCCUAGUUUUGCUGUUCAUGUAUGUUGAUGAGAUGAUAUUUUUCUUU